CGUAGCACAGUUCACUCCUCUCUUCUCCAGCAGCUCCUCUACACCUUCAGCUCCUCUACUGUCCCGAGCUCUCACGCACGCGCUCAAAUGGGUGAAAGCGAAGAGAGGAGCCCCGAUGGACUCAAAUACUACAGACUGUCAGAGGUGGAGGAGCAGAACACCUUCAAGUCAACGUGGAUCAUCAUUCACAACAAAGUCUACGAUGUCACCAAGUUUCUGGAGGAGCACCCAGGAGGAGAGGAGGUUCUGAGGGAGCAGGCAGGAGGAAACGCCACCGAGAGCUUCGAGGAUGUCGGACACUCGACCGACGCCAGAGAGAUGGCAGCAGACAUGGUGAUAGGAGAGCUGCACCCGGAGGACGUGGCUAAACUCCCUAAGCCCAUGGACACACCUCUGACCACUCUGAAGGACGACAGCAGCUGGUGGACUAACUGGUUGAUUCCCGCGCUGGCUGCCUGCAUCGUCAUGCUGAUGUACCGCCUGUACAACUCAGAGGAGUGACAUCACCAGCAACCAGCCGCUGUGAUGUCAUCAAACCCCGCCCCCUUCUCUCUGAU